AUGCUUCAAAACUCACAGAUCCCUGUUCCGGUUCAUCCUGUGUCGGUCCGUCAAAAGGUGCAAUUGAACCAGCGCUCAACACCACUUCCUCCGUCUCCUGAAUUCAGACGGUCGCGGGGUACAUCACGUAGGGAGCAGUCUAGACGAGGAGCAACGUCAGAAUCACAUGUCUCAACAACCGCACCUGCCGUUGUAUAUUACUUUGACACCUACCGCUGCAAAUCCUCCUUCUCAAUUUCAUCAACCACCACCUCUGAUCAUCGUCAGCCUGCAUCUCAGCAGUCAGAGAGACAGUCUCCAAGUCUAGUUACACCCGAAUUCCUUGAAUUGACAGCUCUUUUCCAAAGUCUGAAUCAUUUGAAAACUGGUGACGAGAGCAAUCGCUCAGUUCCAGUAGUGGCCGUCAGGUCAACCGUCAGGAUGUCAACUUUCAAUACCGCAGCGAUGAAAUUCGCUAGAAACCCAGGUGAUAAUGUCAAAACCUUUCUGAGCAGCUGUAAGUUGCAGUGGGUUGGAACUGGAUUGCAAGGAGAUGAUUUGAAUGAGGCCAGAGUAACAUCGGUGAUGAUGGGAUGUACUGGGGAUGCCAAGGAUUUUGUGGAUGGUCUGAGUCGAGCUGAGGCUGAAGAAUUUGUGACCCUCUCUACGGCGUUGACAACACGGUUCCCAUGGACCGACCGAGAGAAGGACACCCGCGAAUAUGUGACUCAGAUGUGUUCGUUAAAGCAGGGAGCCAUGACCUUCCAACAGUAUAUGGACAAGGGCAUGGGAUUAAAGCAUCAUUUACUAACUGAAUUGACGGAGACCUUUCAUGACCUAUGGGCUCGAGGACUCUCUAAUCCAAUCACGGUGCAAUUCGCCUUAACCUUCAUUGAAACUGGUGUAUAUUUCAAGCAAGAGGUGACAUUUGAAGCGAUUAUCCGCGCUGCUCGGAGCUGUCAGGGAGAGGUAACAAAAGUGACACCGAGCCAAGGAUCAGACACCGACCGGAUGGCUAGCGUGCUAGAAAAGAUGGAAGCCACGUUAUCUAAUUCCCUCAAACCCACGAGAUCGAGUUGGCAACCAACCCAAUCCCAACCUCAGACUCAGCAGAUUCAGAAUCAACCAUACCGACCGAUCAACGGAAAUGCGGGUAUAACUCUAGCUCAGCGAACCAACGAUUUUAUUUGCUGGAAUUGA